AUGGAGAACACAAUGGAAACCGUUCCCAGCCAGGAGGUCGUCGUUGCUCGGUACUACUGGAAGAUUGGCAAGAUCGCCGAGCAGAAAGAAGAAGUCAAAGCCUGGCUCACCAAGAAUACGACGAAUGGCAUCCCUUGGGUCUUGCGAGUUCUUCCAGGAUUCGAGGAGGAAGUCAACAACGCCUUCCCAGGCGUUUUGGGUAUGAUGUCCCGAGGACAAAACAAUGGCUGUGUCAACGGAACCGCCCUAUUGCAGACCGACUACAAAGUACACACAGUUGGAGGAAAGUACCGGCCAAAGUUCCUCUACCGCGCUUUUCAUAGCGAGAUUCCAAACAACGGCAUCAAGUCUCGUCUCGGCCGCGGAACAGACCCAAUAUUCCUGCACAUCCACCUCCGCAAGCACCUCCGCUGGCGUUGCCGAGAAGCCAGUCCCUUUCUCUCCGCGACCAACGACUGGGCUAAGGCAGUUCGAAUCGCCUUGCUCUACGAGAAGCGUGGUCAUACCGGAAUCAAGAUCAUCAAAUUCGCAACCAAUGGCGAGGGUUGGGAUCACAACGUGCAACGCAUGUGGCGAGCUAGAUCGCUGCUUUAUCAGAUGGGUCUCAAGAACGACAACAGAAAGUAUCUCGACAACGAAUAUCUCAUCGAGCACUCGAUUCCUGAAGCCAGCAUUGUCAAAGUUUACGACUGGAUUGACAGACAGAAGUUUCUUGACCCGAGCGGCAGGGUUCAGAAUCAAGUACGCCUCGAGCUGAAAGAGAAGCAGAGAGCUUCCGAUCUGAAAAAGGAGCGACGGGCUCAAGAAAGAAUGAGGGUCGACGAGGAGAGAAAGAAGCGAAAGUUGGAUAGCCCAGAUGGGCCAGUGGCCGAGGAUGUGCGUGUGGUUGGCAAGAGGGUCAAGGUUGGACCCAAAAUGGGCCCUAACGUGGCGGGAGCCUGA